CUCGCAGCCUGCCGUAAAAUUGUCCGAAACGGGAAAAUCCGAACAUGAUCCCAAUCCCAGAUCCCUUCCUUGACAAAAAUGUCUUUUUGAAGUGUUUCCUUCACUAUUUCGCGACUUGGUGCGUUCACCACCAUGAUGGAGCCUAUGAAUGGCCGAGUUCCUUCAAUAACGUGCUCCUCGAAUACUGGGCCUGGAUACUGUUAGCGCCAAGACAAAGGAGCUAACAGGGGACAAAAGCAUGAGGGCGGAAAGAGCCCGAGUCCAUACCUGCCCAUGAUACGAAGCCGCUUUCAUGAAGUCGAACAAAGUUUUUGGAGUGUACAGGGCGGAUCUGAAGUCGACGUUCAAGCUGUUGCUUGUCUGCAAGCAAAACAAGCCAUUCUGAUGUCUUUCCUGCUGCAAUUGAUGGCGAAGAUAUUGUACUUAGGACAGCAGUGCGUACAGCUUGCGCCAUGGUGAAAUCUGUGAGGCCGUCAACCCAAGAGCGGAAGAGUCGGUUGAUACUGAGUUGAGGGCUCCCAAAUUCACAUUUAGUGUGACGUCUUCAAAGUGGAAUUCGUCACUUAAAUCAUUCGAGAAUCUCUUAAAUAAGUCUGGUUACAGUUUAGAAAUAUUCCAGGACCCGGAAAAGCGCAAUGGUGUAGUAGGACCCCGUAUUUCUCCACUAGUGGCAAUCCAUGGACUUCUUGGCUCUCACACCGUUCCCCUUAAUCCCUGUCUGCAGCUCAGUACUGGUCGGAUUAAAAUAUCAAACAUCUGCGACCAUUAUAUCGACCUUCUUUAUUGAGUAUUGAUGGGACCAUUAUAGUCACUGGACAGUGGAUCAAUGCUAGCUGGUAGCGUUGCUAUCUUAAGUCGCCCGUAGGAACGGGCAACAAACAGAAAAGGGGGGAUACCAUGCUACAGAAAUCUGCAUCAGAGCAUCGCUGCUUUGAUUUACCUCCUGCAAAAUUCCGAAGUCUUCCCGUAUUCCAGAACUCUAUUAAGAUAUCAGACGACAAAAUGUCUUCGUACAUUUCGCAAUGGGAGAAUACAGACCCAGCGCCAUUCGUUCGAGAGUCCCUACUUGGUGUCUUAGACGGCAAAGUGGGAUGCAUUAAGGAAUCUCAGUUCGUGUCUCGUGACAUCGCCCAAAAGGUCGAGGACGAACUCUCUCCUAAAUUAUCACCAUAUCUCGACGUCCCGGGGCCAACACUUCUACGAGUAGGAGUUGCGCAAUUCGAGUAUCAAGCAAUAUCAGACGACCAGCUGAAUCAGCGGUCCAGUGACGGUAAUGAAAAGGAGCAAUACUUCCUGGAAACCAAGAAGCACGAGAAACUUCAUGAGAAUCUGAGGAAGGUUGUGGGGCAAAACAUAUGGCGCACAAUCAUCGACAAAAUCGCCUCAUUGCUGCCUGAGUACGAUGUUGCCGUCGCCUCAGAAAGGACCGGCGAGCAGUACUUCUCAGGAAUUUUUCGGGCAAUCAACGACUCAACACCCAUCCACUGCGACUGGUCACCUUACGACAGCCGGACUGAAGAUUGGAUCAUCAAUCAGGUGACUAAGCAGGCAGUUUUCAACCUUUACUUGACACAGGUAAAAGGUGGUAAGACCGAAGUACAUGACUGUCAGUGGACUGAAGACGCGAUGGAGUUUCGGGAUCGUUCGUCUUAUGGUUAUCUGGAAAAGCUGGUGGAAGGACGAAAGAAGGUUACUAUUCAACCACAGCCUGGUGACUUGUGCAUUUUCAACUCAAGGAAUAUGCAUCAAGUUUUUCCUGUCGAACCAGAGAUUGGGGAGGAUGGCAGGUCAGGGCAGCAGCGGGCGAGGUUGACGUUGAGCAGUUUUAUGGGGCUGAUUCCAGCGAAGUCUUCGGGUGAGCGGCCGAGAUUGAUUUUUUGGUCAUAG